UAUGCUCAUUUUACGUUUUUCUUCAUUUACAUUUUUGUUCAUUUUACGUUUUUGAUAACUUAAUGUUUUCUACUCAAUUUAUGUUUAUGCGCAUUUGUUACUUUUUUUUUUUGCUCAUUUUAGGAAGUUUUUACUCAUUUUAAGUGGUUCUCACGAUUCUUACAAUAAGAGGGUUUUCAUUAGAACCCAACCCUAUAUAUAUAAUCUCCAUGGCCUUCUAUAUAUAUAUAUUGUCCUCAAACGUGGUACACAAAUUACACAGUGAGUGGGAAGAAAGAGAGAGUGAAAGAGAGAAAGAACUCGAUUAGAUCGUUGAAGAUUGUCUAGAUAUAAAAAGGGAGUAGCAACUUUGCCAAUGGCUAUUGAAGCAAAAUCGCCUAGGAUGAUGCAGUGCAAUCAGAUUGAUUGUCUAUCAGAUGAGUUGUUGAUGGAAAUUCUACGUCGACUUCCCAACUGCAAGUAUGUUAUUCGAUGCAAGUGCGUUUGUAAGCGUUGGGAUGCUCUGGUCUCCCAUCCUUGGUUCAUUACUCAAUUCAUUGGCCUAAAAUCUGGUAACUUAAAAGAAAAUAGUAUAAUUAGAGAUGGUGUUCCUGGAAAUAGCAACGAGAAACAUCAUACUUUUGCCAUUGUUAUGUUGUAUCAUCCUAAUUGUUGUCAGCCUUGGCAUGGACCUGAGAAUUUAUUUAGACCUUCAAUUUUUAAUGCUCAGAGUUCCUCUUUCUCUCCAUUACAUUAUCUCGGGGAUGAUAAAGCUUCAGCCGAGGUAGUUGCAUCCUGUAAUGAUUUGUUAAUCUACUGCAGAGAUGAGAAUAAGAAAUAUGAUUACUACAUCAGUAAUGUACAAACCAGGCAAUGGGUUACGCUUCCUUCACCCUCAUUUCACUAUGUUUAUCAGAUUGUGGGUUUCAUAUCUGAUCCGUUCUACUCUUGUGAAAGGGAAAUUGUGUUGAAUUAUGCAUACAGUUACACCGUUGUUGUUAUAGGUAUAACACUGCCACAUGUGCCGUCAAAAAAGAUCAGAGCACACUUCUUCUCAUCUACAAAUCAUUGUGAUAGCCAAUGGUCUGAUCGGGUUUUAUCAUUACCAAAGGCAAGUAGAAUAAGGCCACUUGACCCUGGUUUUCGCUUUAAUGGAAAGCUCCAUUUUACCUGUAAUGAGGGUAUCUUUGGAUUUGAUCAUAACAGUAUUGAAACUGAUAAUGAGAUUCAGUGCCAUUUGGUUGGGUGGCCAGUUAGCAGAGUACUUGGCUCUGUGUAUGUUUCAAAAGGGAAGUUGCAGCUGUAUGAGUUUGAGGAGAAUGAGGGUGUAUUAAGGGUUUGGGUCCUUGAAAAUUACAAGAAGGGAAUUUGGAUGUUGCAGCAUAGAAUCGAAACGUCAGACUGGGUGUCGCCUCAUUCUUGGAUGACAGAGAAACUUAUACAGUUCUCAAGCAGAGGACCAAUGUGUAUAGAUGUGUUUUGUAUCCAUCAUAGUGAUACUGGUGUCAUAUAUGUGCUUAUUCCUGGCUGUAUUUUCGAAUGCAACCUAUUCACCAGGGCCGUGAAGUUGGCCUGUCGUAUGCCUGUUACUACUGCAGAAGGUCGUCAACAUUGUCUAAUGAGUAAAAUUUUUCACCCCUUAGUACUCCCAAGCUGGCCAACACCACUGCGAUCCACUGCUGUUAUCGAGGGUUAGAAUGGUGGAGUCGAGUGUCGACACUUCUCGUGCCCCGCACUCAUGGCUUCAAGCUAAGGGUAGAGUCAUUGGACGAUGAAUUCCAAUAUGCUCAAUUGCUCACCUUCAGCCGUCCUUAUUAAUAUCAUAGAGUAUGUUGUAAUUUAUUUGACUAUGAGCUAAGUUCUUCACCAAAAAUUUGAGUAUGAGCUACAUAGACUGACACUAUUUUCUUCGAGCGCAAUGCCUUGUAUGCUAGUUUGGUAUCAAGGGAGUAAUAUUCUUUUUAUUAUGGUAAUAAAAAUUUGUUCAGAAUUUGAGCAAAUUGU